GCUUUUGCAUUUAUUUUGGUGUUAUUUAUAAUCACUGCCUAUGUGGUCGUGAUGAUUUCUUAAUAUUUGUUGAAAUUCUUACCAAGACUCUUAAAAUUCUUCACAUCUCGAUUGACCAAUCACAUCAAGUCUUUCAUACCCCAUUGGUUACUAUAGACAACUUCAGAAGCUUUGAACAAAAUGGUGGACUAUGUCGACAAAUAAAAGCAAGAGGUCCCAACAUAUACUAGCGCCAGGAAACAACACUGGUGCUAGCAUGACAUCCAAGAAAAGCCAUGGAACAGCGCAGAUGAAAAGUAAAUAUGGCGCUUCUGUAAGAGGUACAACUUAUGGCAGCUCACGGACAAACCUACCAUCCUCUGCCAGCAAGACACGGAGCAUGGGCAAUGCACCGGAUGCUGCAAGACCUGGGAAGGCUCCUGUUCAGAUAUUUGAUGAGGGUGGCAAUGAUGUGACCCCUCUACCUCUCCACAUGACUGACCCCAAUCAGUUGAAACAGAAACAGAGCAACCUUCUGGGAGACAGCUCUGCUGGAACACCUACAGACUUAAUGUCCCAGGCUUCAAUCUACAACACAGGAACAGUGACUGCCAGCACUUUUGGUGGGGGACCAUUUACACGGUCAGUGUUCAGUGCCUCAUAUGACACAGGGUCAGAGUCGAUGAUUGAGGCGGAAGACACAGACCAGUCACAUGAUAUCAACACAACAUGGGGAGAGAUUCGUCACAAACGAGAAGAGGUGAAGGAAGAUUUGACAGAGGACGACCUAGAGAAGAUUAUCGACCUGACAUUGACAGAGACUGAAACAAUAUGGCUACUCGACAUGCCAGGAGUGUGCGUCUCCCUUGAAAGUGAGGAAGCUGCUGGUGUCACUAAGAAGAAUGAGGCAUAUAAAGAUUUGCUGAAGAAUAAGCAAGGCAAUGACCGAUAUGCCGAAAGAGGGAUGAACACAUUCAAUGAACCACAGAAAUGUAAACUGGUGCAGACUAGCAAGAUCGGAUAUAAUGAGGUAGGGGUGAAUGCUACAACAUGGGACAUGUAUGAUACCUUCCAGCAACUAGAUAAAGACACAAAAGCGAAGGGAGAAGAUGAUGAGGAGGAGGGUACGAUAUCACGCCCUGGCAGUCCGAAGGAAGGAGAGGUGACUGAGCAGGCUACAGAGACUACCGACCCUGCCACAGGUGCACCCAUCGUACGGGAGAAGAGUGCUGCUUCAGUCAGGAUUGACAGUAGAGCAACAUUCUCAUCGUCGAUUGCGGGGUCGGAGAGCGUGGUAGCCAGCCGAGAGACGGGUGUGUCUUCCAUGCCAACAAGCGAGGCAUCACAGUUUGACGAGAACAUUAUUCUCCAGUCGGAUCAGUUCAAGACGGACCUUUUCAUCAUGGAGCGAGUGAUUAAUCUCAACACAUACCAGGGCAAGCAGGCCCUCUACAGGGGCUUCAACAUCGUCACUGGCACUGAGAGUGAAGACUCUGGUUCCCAGCGCCAUGUUACGGACAUAGAUGGGGAGAGUGUAACUGCGACGCCUGCCCAACUUGUUGAGGAUGUAGGACCCAACUUUGACCGUCUCUGGUCGUACACAUGCAAGGCCACUCAAGGUCGCAACGUUAGCUGUCUAUCGUGGAAUAGAUCCAAUCCUGAUCUAAUAGCAGUUGGUUAUGGCCAGUUUGAAUUCUCCAAUCAGAAGGAAGGACUUCUCAUGUGUUGGUCUCUCAAAAACCCAGAGUUUCCGGAGCGAGUUUACACCUGCAAGGAGGGCGUGACAGCCGCUGAUUUCUCACGGGUCAACCCCAGCCUUCUCGCAGUUGGUUUAUACGAUGGAGGUGUGGCUGUGUACAAUGUCAGGCAUUCGACCGAUGAGCCCAUUCUGGAUAAUUUCCUGUCCCCUGGCAAGCACACGUCACCUGUCUGGCAGAUCAAGUGGAUUGAGAAAGAGCGGGGAUCUGGCGAUGAGACUGCUGAAGUCCUUGUGUCUAUCUCCACCGACGGCCGCGUAUGUCAGUGGUCCAUUAGGAAAGGAUUUGAGUGUUACGACCUGAUGCGCUUAAAGAAAAUGCCGACACGCAUGGGCGGGAAGAAGGAGAAGAAGGGAGAGGCGUUUAUUUCUCGGCACGCAGGCGGACUCUGCUUUGACUUCAACAUAAGAGACUCUAACAUAUAUUUAGCUGGCACAGAAGAGGGUCACAUUCACCGCUGCUCCUGUUCAUACAAUGAACAGUUCUUAGAAAGCUACUUUGGCCAUAAUGGUCCUGUGUACCGUAUCGUGUGGUCUCCGUUUGUGCCAGAUGUGUUCCUGAGUUGCAGCGCAGACUGGAGCAUCCGUCUCUGGCACCAGGACAAACCCCGACCCAUACUUAACUUCUUCUCAACUAAUAAACCAGUUUUUGACAUUGCCUGGUCGCCAAAAUCAGCGACAGUGUUUGCCUGCGUGAACGAGGGAUCUGUUGAGGUCUGGGAUCUAGUGUAUAGCACCCUUGAUCCUAUGAUCACCAUGGAACCUUCCUCCGGUGCCAAACAGACCUCAGUUACCUUCUCCAAGAAUUCUGAUUGCCUGUUGGUAGGGGACAGUGAAGGCCAGGUGACAGUGCUACAGCUGCGUUUCAUGCCCGCCCUACCCUCACAGGAACAACAGGGUGAUGCGCUGAUGAAGGUAAUCAACACGAGUCUGUCCACACAGCUACAGAACCAGCCACAGCAGGAAAACGUGCAGGCUGAGCGCGAGGAUACCACUCUGGAGGAUGACUUAACUGAGAUGGAUUCUUAAAAAAAACAAAAAAAACAUGGGAAUUUGAUAAUUUGGCAUACUGUAUAAAGUAUAUAUGGGAACUUUACAUAAAAACAACAACACACAUCAGACCAUAAAAUUGAAUAGAAAGGCACCACUUUAUAGGCUAUUACAAAAUAUGUGAUUAUGGGAGUAAACUCUAUAUUAGUUUAUUAAAAAGGACAGUUAUAAGUGAAAGGUUGCAUUUUAUAUACCCGGAGAGAAAAACACGACCUCAGGCAAGUUGCUGAGGCAGAGUGCUAUUCAAUGAAAAGGCAGCAAAAUUCUAGCAACAAGGAACUGUAAGGGCUCUCUUGCAUCAUACUGUUGCAUAGGAUUUGUGCUUACAGCGCUCUUGAGCCAACUACUAGAGGAACGCAUCCCUGGUGAAAUCCAUGUAAUAAGAAGCAAAAUAAGAUGUGCUUAAAUAUCAGGGGAGAUAAUUUGUCUAGAUUUUCAAUUUGAGUUGCCUAUUUUGCUAAUGCAUAUGAUAUAUGAAAGCUUACAUACACUUAACAUGAACAUCAUUUAUUGAACUCAAUGCUU